UAAAUUAAUAAUUAAAUAAACAAGAGGAUGUAAAUCCGCUGAGAGCACCGCCAUCCAACGAGCCGGGUUGAAGCGCGCAUCGCCGGGGCUUGCAGGCUGACGGUGGGCCGCAGCAGAGAGGAAGAAGUCCAGCAGGGGAGGAGGAGAAGGAGGAGGAAUAAACCGCCGCACUGGAUGGUGGGGGAUGAUGAUGUUGCCAGCCAGGGCCUGAUGUUCCCCUGCACGCCCCGCUGAUACACAGGGACUGUCGGACUGCUGCUGGUGGGGAGGAUUAUCCAGGAGGCUGGAGGAAGGGAGACAGGGAGGAGGGGGGAGGAAGCAACGAGCAUCAUCCGGAGAGGAGCGUUUUGUGUCAGGGAGGCUGGCCGAGAAAUAACGCGGAACAGUGAGAAAUUGAUCUAAAAGAAAAGGAAUAAGGCCAAAAUUAAAACCCGGGAUAGGAUUCUGCAGCCCUGCUUAACUUCUAGACUAUCAGUCCAUGAUUGUUCCAGAAACGCGUGCAGAGCCAACACUACUGAGUGGGAACCAGCCAGUUCCAGCACUGCUGUCCAACUCUACUGCAAUCCAAUAGAAAGUCACACUGCUGUUUCUCUUCUAGUCCCGUGUUUCUGUGCUGCUUCCGAGGGCAGCUGGGAUUACUUAGGCCGGUCGGUCAUUUCGGUGUGGGGGGGUAGGACCAUAUUGGACGCUUGAUAGUCGAGGUAGAGCUCCACAGAGAGAAGAUGUCGGGUCAGACGCUGACGGACCGCAUCGCCGCGGCUCAGUACAGCCUGACGGGAUCCGAGGUGUCCCGAGCUGUGUGUAAAGCCACCACACACGAACAGACCCCUCCAAAGAAAAAGCACAUGGAAUACCUGAUCCAGGCCACCCAGGAGACCAAUGUGAACGUCCCCCAGAUGGCCGACACGCUGAUGGAGAGGGCCGGCAACGCCAGCUGGGUGGUGGUUUUCAAAGCCCUGAUCACCACACACCACCUCAUGGUGCAUGGCAAUGAGAGAUUUGUGCAGUUCCUGGCGUCUAGAAACACCUUAUUCAACCUCAGCAACUUCCUGGACAAAACUGGCUCCCACGGCUACGACAUGUCCACGUUCAUCAGACGCUACAGCCGCUAUCUGAACGAGAAGGCCUUCGCCUACAGACAGAUGGCUUUCGACUUUUGCAGAGUCAAGAAAGGAGCUGAGGGAGUGAUGAGGACCAUGUCAGUAGAGAAGCUGUUGAAAGGAAUGCCCACCCUGCAGAGCCAGAUCGACGCACUGCUGGAUUUUGAUGUGCAUGCCAAGGAUCUGGACAACGGAGUGAUAAAUGCCUGCUUUCUCCUACUCUUUAAAGAUCUGAUCAAGUUGUAUGCCUGCUACAAUGAUGGCAUCAUUAACCUGCUAGAAAAAUUUUUCCAGAUGAAGAGAAGCCAGUGUAAAGACGGGCUGGAGAUCUACAAGAGAUUCUUGACACGAAUGACUCGGGUUUCAGAAUUCUUCAAAAUUGCUGAGCAAGUGGGAAUAGACAAAAAUGACAUACCUGAACUAACCCAGGCCCCAGAAAGUCUUCUGGAGUCCCUGGAGACCCAUCUUAACACACUGGAGGGGAAGAAGCCGUCACCUACUAAGCAGGAUGCAACAGCCAACAACAGCUCGCCGGCUGCUGCCGAUGCGCCGGCCAAACCCGCACCUCCCGCUGCCACCGGCGGGCCCCCUGCUCGCCCCGGGCCACCUGCCAAACCUCCUCCACCCUCUGUCACCCCCACCGCACCAGCCCGCACCACCACUACAACUACCAAUGCUCUCGAUGAUGGCUUCUUGUUGGAUCUAGACCCCAUGUCCUCCUCAUCAGCAGGGGGCACUGCAGUGACUUCCUCCAUGACUGGAUGGGGAGAUCUCUUGGCUGAGGCAACUCCCGCUGCCUCCGAUGAAGCCUCUGAAGCUCUCCUGGCGGAGGGAGAGUCCGCUGACGCUGAUGCUGAAGCUGCUGCUGCCCCUGCAGCUUCCGCACCCACAACCGCCGUCACUGCCGCUCCCACUGCCGCUGCACCGGCUCCCGCCUCUCUGCCUGUCUCAGCUCCCGCCACCACCUCAGCCACAGACCUCGAUCUUUUCGGAGAUGCGUUUGCACCUUCCCCAGGAGAUGGUCCUGCCGCCGUGGCCGCGGGCCCCGCUGCUGAUGCAUUUGGUGGAUCUGACCCCUUCGCUACGACGGAGGGGAGUGCGGACAUUGCUCCAGAGCUGGACCUGUUCGCUAUGAGGCCCACCGACACGGUGUCCACCACCAUCACCCCUCCCACCUCUAGUGAGGCGCCGACCAUCGUCGUCCCCAUCGCUGCCCCCGCUGCCCCCACCCCUUCUUCCACCACCACCACUACCACCACAACCACCACCGACACCACCACCACAGAGUCUGCAGCCGCUCCGACUCUAGAUAUCUUUGGUGAUAUGUUUGAUUCUAUGCCUGAGCAAAGCCCUACCACAGAAUCCAAAGCUGCUACCACUCCUAGCGUAGACCUUUUUGGUGCAGACCUUCCUGCUGUUUCACGCGGGCCCUCACCUUUGCCCGAGCCGGUUCCGACUGGAGACAUCGUGACCGAUUCCUUCACAUCUCCAGCUCCUGUUGCUGCUCCUGUUGCUGCUCCUGCUGCAGCUCCCGUCCCAGAGGUCUCCUCUCCACCCAAAGCAGCAGAGCCGGCACCUGUCAUUGACCUGCUGGACUCCUUCGGCAGUCCUGUGGAGGAGACACAGAGUGUUGCUCCUGGAGGGCCCGGAGACGACCUGUUGGGAGGCCUGAUGUCCCCCACGCUGGCUCCCACUGCUGUCCCAGCUCUGGCUCCAGCCUUGGCUCCUGCCCUGGUGCAGAACGACCUCCUGGAGUCGGGCUUUGACGCUCUGGGCUCCCUUACCUCUCCAACACCACCUGUACCUGCUGUAGUGGCAGUAGUACCAAUAGUACCAGCUGCACCAGAACCAGCAACCACCACACCGGCGCCCUCUGGUGGCUUCGAUACUUCAAUGUUGGGGAUUGGAUUAGGUGAUUUGCUGAUGCCCGCCGUAACUCCCCAGAGCACUGGUGGCAGCACUGCUGGAAGCACAGCAGGAAGCAUGGGGACUCCUGUCGCAGCGGGAGGCAUUGCAGCCGCUCCCCCCGCCACCCCACCUCCUGGCAAAACCAUCGGAGGAGACCUGGACUCCUCACUGGCCAACUUGAUUGGAGACCUUGGAGUAAAGAAAAAGGACCCACAGAGUGAGAAGAAGCUGACAGGAGGUGCCAACUGGAUGCCAAAGGUAGCUCCCACAAGCUGGGGUACACCAGGAGCCCCCAUGGCUGGUGCGGCCCCUGGAGCUCCUGGGGCACCAGGAGCCGCUCCACCUGGUGCAGCAAUGGUGCCACCAAUGAGUGCACAGCCUGGCUUUGGCAUGCCUCCUGCAGGAGGACCUGGAGCUCCCAUGAUGCAACCCAUGAUGGGGCAGCCUAUGAUGGGACAGCCCAUGAUGAGACCUCCCUUCACUGGGGUGGCUGGAGCUGCACCCGGAGCCGCUGCACUUGGAGCACCGCUUUCUCCAGGACUUGCAAACCAGAGCCCCAAAAAGCCCAAGGACCCUCUGGCAGAACUCGACCUCAAGGACUUCUUAUAACGCUCUAGCUGCUUUCUUCUCUGGAGCAGGGCCCUCUCACCUUUAACCUGGUGUCUGUCAACAUCUCAGGAUGCCAGCGAUGUUCAGCUACUCAACCUUCUAAGAGCCUCUUUUUCUCCACCCCGCCCAUCAACACCCCACCCUUCUCCUGUGUGAUGUCGUAGCACAAACUGUGAAAGUGAACCAUAGCGGAUUAUAUAUAUAUGAGAAAAAAAAAGUGUGCUUAUGUAGAUGUACUAAUCUUUUGUCUAAACAAAAUCACUCAAAACCCUGACAAAAAAAGUCCACAAAAGUAAGUGAGAGAAAGUGAAGGCGUACGUGUUUAGAUUUCUUUCUUGUGUUGAGUUGAAUGAUGGAUGUGCUUUGGUGUCCUAAGCUCCACCCACUGCCCCAUAUGUGUCCCCGCCUCCUUGUGAAGGGGGAGGAGCUCUUCUUUGUCCCUCUCUGAUUGGAUGGGAGUGGUUAACGAAGCCCCGGUAGAUUUUCGGAGAAACAUGUUGUGUGUUGUUUACAGGGGUCCUCUUUGAUGUACAUAGAUUUCUCUGGUGAGGAUUACGUCUAUAUUCUGUAUGUCUGUUGAAGAGAAAUAUAAAUGUGAAUCUGACAUGAAAUUGUAAGAAGUCGUGUGAGUAUCCUUCUAUUUCCCGUCAUCUUUUGAAAGUAUUUGGAAACAAAUAUGAAUACUGCUAUAUGAUUAAUAUACUGUAUAUUAAGGAACAACUUCUAUGGGCUUCUGAAUCAUACCAGACCAGGAAGUGAUUCUUUUUGUUUGUUUCUUUUUUUACUCGUGGCUCAUUUUUCUAUGUUUCUUUUGUCUUUUGUCCAUGUUAUUUUUAUGUUCUGUUUAUUUUAGAAUAAUCCUCCAGACUGCUGUCCACAUUUCCUGGCAUUGCUAUUAAAGAACAUAUCUUACAACUUACUUCCAGAUAAAAUGCUUUAGUUAUUCACCUCAGAGGUUAACUUAAACUGUCCCUCAAUAUAACUGUACAAGUGUCCACCUGCAGUCUUGGCACUACCUAUGUGGAUAUGUCUGUUGCCUGUGCUUUAAUUAUAACUAUGACCUGGUCAGUAUGGUUAUUUUUGUACUCAGAGUAAGUUAUUCCAUUGCCAUACCAAACUCUAUGUUCAGACAGAUCAAAUUGAAACAAAAUUAAGUCAUGUUAACUUGUGGUUUGAAAUGGAGAGCAAAGAGGACUUUGCUCUAUUUUAGCUGUGACUUAAAAAUGCCAUUGCAAAAGUCAGAACCAAUCAGGAACAUAUUAAAGGAACCCUGUUGAGUUUUUAUUUUUUUUUUCAAAAAACAAAAGAAAUCUGUUUACAUUCAUUGUUUCUCCCAAAAUAAAGCUUUGUGUGUAUCCUUGAGGCCCAAAAAAUGUGUGGAAUCCAUUUACUUUCUCUUAAAAAACACUUGAAAAGACGAAAAAACUUUCGCACCUACAUUGUUUACAAACAAAACAUGGGCCUGCUCAUCAAAAAAACAGCUUCAUUGUGCUACUAGUGGUAAAAAACUCCACAGGGUACCUUUAAGUUCCAUGUUACCUGUUGCACCCAGUGCUGUUGGACAAAGUGACAGUGUGUAUGUCUGCACUGCUGCUUUGACAAUGUUACAGCAAAUUACCUAAAAGUGAAAACACUUAGAUUUGACAAUAAAUUCACAUUUGAUUGUUGUCCGAACAUAAUUUUUGUUCAAAUUGUUCAUUUGAUUAUUGCUGACCUUUGGCACAUUGUCAAUUGAACAGUACAUAUUGUAAGUGGCCACAUGGGAGUCAUGUGUACAGCGUGGAAAUCCACAGGAGGCCACUGUCCGUCUAGCCAUGAUCUUGUUUCCCAAAAGCAUCUUAACAUAAAGCUCCUCUGACCCUGCAGACUUACAAUGGAAUCAAUAUGUUGAUUUGCAUUUGAAGAGCUUUAUGUACCAGAGGUCCCAGUCCUGUGCUGUAAACCAGACUGAUGUGAAGCUUACUCUGUAUGUUGUCAUUUCAGUGGACUGAAUAAGCAAUUGGUUGUGAGAACCUGAUGUGAUUCAGAGAAAAUAAUGGAAGAUUAUUAACAUUUUUCAUGACAGAAUUAUUAAAAUGGUAUUUUUGUUUAGUUGUAAAUUUAUUUUAUUUUUUGAUGACCCUCCCCAGUGCAUGUAAGCCCUUUGAGGUGCAAUAAAUUCAAUGAUGGAUUGAA